UGCUCUCACUGCAGGCCGAGACACUGCUCUUCAGGAAAAGGAAUGGAUCUGUCGAAUGCGUUGCACUCUUGGCCGGGCGAGGGCAAUAACCAGUCAGGAGGGGGCGCUGUGUGGCCGGGUGGACACAACCAGCCCGGUCCGUGGCCUGCUCAGUCGUCCGGUAACCCCACCUGGCCCACAGGGCCUGCCGGAGAUCCUGCAUGGCCGGGGGGCCAGCCCGGGGGCCAGCCGGGGGGGCAACCCCAUUGGCCAGGGGGCCAGCCCGGGGGGCAACCCCAAUGGCCAGGGGGCCAGCCCGGGGGGCAACCCCAAUGGCCAGGGGGCCAGCCCGGGGGGCAACCCCAUUGGCCAGGGUCUGCAGAAACCCCCAGCCAGCCCACAUGGCCGGCUAGGCCCAGCAAUCCAGGAGCAUGGCCCAGUUCUGGACCAGGUCCCGGACCCUCCAUCCCAGCACCAAACAGCAUUCUGAAGGUGCCGUACACGCUGCAGCUGCCUCACGGCGUCUUCGAUAAGCUCCUCAUCAGCAUCGCUGCAGCCGUCCCACCCCACGCUAACAAGUUCACGGUGAAUCUGUCCACCGACCGGGACAUCGCUUUCCACUUGAACCCUCGAUUCCACGAGGCCGGCGGGAAGGUGGUCGUCCGAAACAGCCAAAUCAACAAGAAAUGGGGCCCAGAGGAACGAGAGCUUGGCUCCUUCCCGUUCCAGCAUGGGAAACCUUUUGAGAUGGUGAUCCUGUGCACCCACAGAGAGUUUAAGGUGGACGUCAACAAGUCUCAUCUGCUAGCAUUCAAACACCGCCUGCCGAACCUGAGCGCCAUCAGACACCUCACCAUCCUGGAUGACGUGGAGCUGGCCUCCGUGCAGCUCACCGGGAAGCCCUGACGCACAAACCCAGAACCUCAGCCUCACCUUCCAUUUCACAUGUCCCUUCUGCAGUCCCUGUCUGCUACGUAACGGCCAGGUGGUAGCCAGAGAGCCCGACCCUGGCAGAACUGCUUAACUACAUGGCAGUACUGUGUGAGCGUUGUGUUAGUACUGCCACUUCCUGUUCCCUGGUCGAACCAAGGAGUGGGUUUUAGUUUUACGGUUAUCAAACCAACUUGUGCCGCUGGCGUGGCGGCGUGUUGACCUGCCAGGUGGGAACAGCUGUGUAAAUGGACAAAUGAAAGCUUCUCAUUUCUUUCCCCUUUGGUUCUGUGUGGUUGAUGUUUCCCCCUGAACGCCAUCUUGUUCUUACGGUGAUCCAGACCUGUUCUGGGUUUCUUCUCGGGUGGCUUCAGAAAACAACAAUAAAGCAAUAA